UCCACAGCUUUGCGUUUGAUGGGAGUUGCUUUUUCAAGGAGAAUGAUAGUAUGAUCACGAUGUGGAAGGUCCAGAUUCGCUCUCCACUUUUGGUGUUACAGUAUGUCACACCGAGGCCUUGCGGUAUGUGGAGAUGGAACUCUUUCUAUACACUCUCUGCGUGCCGAGAAUUGACCUGGAGCUUCAAGGCAGAGUGGUGGAGACCGUUACUCUCUGGAGCUUCAUUUGUUUGAGGUUGGAAACGUGCAAUGCUAUCAACAACCAAUAUUGAAUUGUCGGGAGUGUUCAGGGCCUUGAAGGAAACUACUUGAAGGGUUACUGGCGUAUCAGCUCUUCCCUGGUCCAUUCCGUGUAAAGGAGUGGUGAGGCUUCAGAAGGGCUAUGUCACCCAUAAGACGGCUACUGACGGGGACAGCGGAGCAUUUCCACCCAAAGCCAUCGGUGAAGGGUAUGAUCUUUGACAUGGACGGGACUCUUACCGUGCCUUGCAUCGACUUCCGACUCAUGUACAAACGUAUACUGGGCGGAGAUCAUCCAGACGUCGUCAACAACAACCCUAUCGACAUCCUUCACGAAAUCUCCAGCUGGAGCUCCGAGAAACAAGCUCGCGCGUACGCCAUAAUAACAGAGAUCGAGCAAGACGCCCAUGAGAAGCUUCAGAUCAUGCCGGGCGCGAAGGAGGUGUGCUCAUUCCUCGAUGCGCGUGGCAUUCGUCGCGGCAUCAUCACCCGCAAUGUGAACACUGGCAUCGAAUUCUUCCACUCACGAUUCGGAUUGCCCAAGUUCCAUCCCGCUUUGGGCCGUGAGUUCACCCCUUGCAAGCCUCAUCCCGCGCCAUUGCUGCACAUCUGCGACAAAUGGGGCCUGCACCCCCACGAGGUGAUGAUGGUGGGCGACAGUGCAGCUGAUGACAUCGUCUGUGGGAAUCGCGCGGACGCCAUGACGUGCUUGCUGGACGAAUCGGGGCGGUAUCAGUCCAACGAGCUUGCGGACGAACAAAAACCUACACACCGAAUCCAGCGCUUGUUCGAGCUCAAGUCAAUCUUAGAGACCUGCUAUAAUCUGCCGCCACCGAUAUCAUCUGAUUUCCAGAGCCGCCUUUGAGGUUCUCUGCCAUGACGCGUUGCAGCUCGCGCCGUAUCGGCCAAUCCCAUCCAUGGCGCCAUGAAUUCACCAGCAACCACGAGCCUGUUCGACAUGAAAACUGCGUAAGGGAUAGGGCUUCCGCGUUGUUACAGGAUUAGGGUUUCAAAAGGAUUGGUUUUUUUAAAACCUAAAAUUGUUCAUUCAUUCCACAUGUUGUAUAUGUAUGCGUGUUCCUUCAUUCCACAUGUUGUUGAUUGUGCAUGGAAUUUCAAGCACAUUAAUAGUGCACAGCUGUAAAGCGAAUGCACUAUUAAUAUUUCUAACAUUGAUUGAUUA